AUGUCCAAACCCACAAAGUCUAACGGCAUCAAAGCUCCUCCCUCUUCACCCCUUCACCCCCAAACUCCUCCAGGUAGCCGUAGCCACGCAAACCCUCCGCAGCCCGAUACUAUGGAACAGCUGCGAGAACUUUUCAUGGAUGUUCUUCGUCAAGCCAAGCAGUCAUCAGAUUCUUCAGAGCCAAUUGAAGAUACCAAACCGGAGACAAACAAGAACAAAGAAGGCAACGAGGGGAAAGCUCGAGCAUCAAAGCUCGAAUAUAAGGAGGUCCACGAAGUGUGGGACAAGGACAACUCCAAGUAUAAGAUUGUGGACUCUGUGAGAGAGGACAAGGCAAUCGAUGAUCUUGACCAGUAUAUAUUUGUUGUCCGGAACCAGCUUGACAGGAUGACUAAGGAAACUAAGACCUUUGUUGAUAUCAAGUCCGAGGCGUUGCUUGACGUGCUGCGAGAAAUUGUGAGAGAUGUUAGGGCUAUCAGCUUGCGCGAGGAUAAGCCUUCGAUUGAGCGGAACUUCCUAUACAACUUCCUUCCCGACCUCGAGAAGUACAUUAUCAAGAAAAGAUGGGAUCAUGCGGACCCACGUUCGAAGCAUGUGGACCUGCUCAUCGGGUAUAUCAAGGAAACUUAUGCCUCCACAACCCAGAGCCUUUCGCCACUUCUGAAAAAGGGAGAAAUCACGUACGACCUGCUCUGGACCAUUUUCAAGCCAGGGAUCUUCGUAUAUAGUACCUGUCUGGGGACUGGCAAGCCGCGAUGUGUUAUAUUCGAUGCCGGAGAAGAGAAAACGAAAAUGAACGGGAUCAAAUACUUCAGUUUAGAUUGUCGCUAUCUGGACUUUGACGGUGAGGUAUUCGGUGAAGCCGGUACCCAGCUGGAGGUUACCGGGUUCCACGGACCCAGACCCAUUCACACCCUCGAGGCCUUCCCUCUUGAUCACCACCCCAAUAAAUCAGGUGUCAUGACGUCUAUCAUCGACUUCGGCCGGAAAUUUUGCAGCUUGAAGGGCCAGCACAUUCGCCACUGCCGCGGCCGUGCUUUCUUCAAAGUGCGGGGAGAAAUAGUCCAGAUCUGUAUCAACAGUCGUGUCAUGGUCGACUCAGCCUUCUUUCGUCAGAUGAAUCCGAACUACACCAGACCGCGGAUCAAUCAGCGGAAUGGCUCUUAUGUGGAUAAUGACGGUAUCACCCACGUUAAUGUUUCGGCGUUUUUUGACAAUCAGGACCAGCGGAUGCGAGACCAGGUGAAAAGCAAUGGGAUGAAUCCAUCCGAAAUGAAGGACGUUGACUUCCUUAUUUGCUGUCCAACGGUUUUAGGGUUCUGUUUCAACGAGAACAUCUGGAUGGAGUUUGCUGUCGCCGAUCUCGAUCAAGUCGAAUGGUCAUCCGCACCCUUCGAAAACCUCAAGAUUCCGAGUCAGCAAAGGGACACGCUCUUAGCUCUAGCAAGGACUCGAUUAGGCCUGGUGCCUAGCGUCCCCUUUGAUGACUUUGUUACUGGCAAAGGGCGUGGCCUCAACGUGCUCCUCUAUGGACGUCCAGGUCUCGGAAAGACUUUCACCGCCGAGGCAUUGGCAGAGCACUUGCAGCGCCCUCUUUACAAAGUACCUGCAGGUGAAUUAAUCGGGGAUAGAUGCCUGGAGGAUCAUGUUUCCAACAUAUUUAAGACCGCUAGCCAUUUCAACGCUAUACUUCUUGUGGACGAAGCCGAUGUCUUUUUGCAUGGGCGCUCUGUCGGCGGAGUCCACGAUCAUUCCGUGACGGUCUUCCUCCGCAAACUUGAAUAUUUUGAGGGGGUUUUGUUUCUCACUACAAACCGUGUCGACGAAUUUGACGAUGCUAUCCUCAGCAGGAUCCAUUAUAAGCUGAAGUAUGAGGCUUUGGGCCGGGAAUUCCGGAGAGAUGUCUGGAGGAGUUUCCUUUCAAAGUCGUGCACGCAUCAGGGAAGCCCGCAGCUGUCCAGUGAUGAGCUGUAUAAACUGGAGGGUUUGGACCUCAGUGCCCGAGAGAUCAGAAACCUGGCUAUGAUCGCCCAUGCACUCGCCACUGUCGGUAAAGAUCGUGUGUCUUACACCCAUCUAGAGCAGGCCGCGGAAUCGAACGAGGAAUUCGCGCGCGCAUUCAAUCGCACGGAGCGUCUCGAGACCAUGCGGACUGGGACAGAUUUCUACACAUCCUCCCCGGCUCUCAAGUUUGUGGGGGUCGGGUCUGAGGCAUAUAAAGCCAGCCCUCUUCCCACUUUGCUUCCUAUCGCUCCAUCUUCCCUUUUCUCCUCACAAAGGCCACCCAGCUUUGCAAACUACCUGGACAACUCGAACUCUAUUGACCAAGGAACAACCAUGGCUGAGAGGGCCCAGCAGCAGAGCUCUGUUGAGUCUCAGGAAAACAGCUCCCUGAGCUCUACUGGCUCAACGAGGCCGACAUCUCCGGUGCAAGCAACACGCAUUUGGGAAUUGGCAGCCCAUAGUUCUGUAUGCUGUGAAAAAAGCGCUGCCGGGAAAGCCAUCCAUAUCAUUCUUUCCAGAAAUCCACUGAAUCUCCAGCCCUCGAGACCUGUAGCGGAUUGGACUCGAUCAAUCCAUACAGCUCUUGCAGAGAGCCAACCGAUAAUGCCUUUUCAGCAAAUGUAUAAACCUCUAAGUCAGGAAGAGGUGGGCUACAUCCGGAAGAGGCUGGAAGAAUAUACGAGGCGGCAUAUCCAUAAAUUAGAUGGCUUUGACUGUGCAGUUAUCCUCGCGGACGCCAAGACCCUAUUUUCGUAUAUUGCGCUCCUGGAGUCGACGAUCAAAACCCAUCAGACCGAGCCACAAUCCAAGAAGAGAACCAUGCAACCCACUGGGGCUGCAGGCCAAGAAUGUGGAAAGAGGCGGCGACGACAUUAG